GAGCGGCCCCGGAAGUGGCGCCGGAAGCGGCCUCAGGACAGGGCGGUUAUGGCGCCGGACCCGCGGUGGCCCCGGGCGCUCGCCCGCGGCGCCGUUCCUGUUGCGCUGGGGUUGCUGCUGUGGGCGGCGGUGGCGGGCGGGGAGCAGCCGAUGAAGCCGGGCGCGGACGCCGCGACUGUGGCGCAGAGGCGGCGCCACAACGAGAUGAUCAUGGCGGCGCUGCGCGAGGCAGCCGAGACCGACGACAACGUGGCGCACCGCGCGGCGCCGUGGCGAAAGUGACGUCAGCAGCUGGACUCCCCCCCGCCGUUUCCCGGUGACCCCAAAUUUCCCCCGGAACCAUCAGCGCGGGGUUUGGGCGCCUGGGCCAUCGUCAUCCUCGCCGACCCCGUGGGACGCCGCCGCCCGGAGCCGUGAGGGGCCCGAGGGGAACCGGGACCAGAACCGGCACCGAAACCGGCACCGAAACCGGCUCCGACCGGCACCAACCGGAGCCCCGAGCGCCAAUAAAGAACCAGAACC